UGAAAUGUUAGAAAAAUAAUCAUUGAAGAUUUUGUCUAAAAAGGAGUUUGAGGCAACUGGCUAGCUCAGUCACUAGAGCAUAAUAAAAUUUAUUAAUUUAAAAAAAAUUUUUUUUAAUGUCUAUUUUUGAGGCAGAGAGAGAGACAGACCAAUCGUGAAUGGGGGAGAGAGAGAGGAAGACAGAAUUUGAAGCAGGCUGCAGGCUCUGAGCUGUCAGCAGAGAGCCCACCGUGAGGAUUGAGCUCACAAACUGCGAAAUCCUGACCCAAGUGAGAUCAUGCCCCAAGCCGAAGUAGGAUGCUUAACCGACUGAGCCAUUGAGGCGCCAUUGCAAAAAAUUUUUUAAUAAAAAGAUGGGAGUGUGACAUGCGUUUAGCUUUCUAGAAAAAGAGCUAUCCUCUUUAACAUGUUCUUUGGACGCUAGACUUUUCUAUGCAUUUUCAGAAAGACAUUAUAAAUUGUUAUAUGACACUACCUUUAAGUAACCAAAUGGUUUCUCAAAGGUAGGAACUAUGUGUUCCACUUUUUAUGUCCAUGUGCCUUAUAACCUAUUUUGUUUUCAGUAAAUACCUGCUCAAGUAAACUAACAAACAGCAAAAGGAAUGUGUAUCAGUAUUAUAUUAGCUGCAUAAAAGAAGUCCCAAAGUAAACAGUCUAGGAUUGGUAUGGAGGCUUCAAAGGGACCUAGGCUUUUUCCAGUUUUCUGCCCUAACAUCACUAAGUUCUAGAGUUUGAAAGAGUCUAUCUUGAAAAUCUCCCCAGUGCAUCUAUGUAUGAGCGCAGUUACAUGCAUAGAGAUGUUAUCACCCAUGUGGUAUGCACCAAGACAGACUUUAUUAUUACUGCCAGUCAUGAUGGACAUGUUAAGUUCUGGAAAAAAAUAGAAGAGGGAAUUGAAUUUGUUAAACAUUUUCGUAGUCACCUGGGAGUUAUUGAGAGUAUUGCAGUUAGCUCUGAGGGAGCAUUGUUCUGUUCUGUGGGUGAUGAUAAAGCAAUGAAGGUGUUUGAUGUAGUGAACUUUGACAUGAUCAAUAUGCUGAAGCUUGGCUAUUUUCCUGGACAAUGUGAGUGGAUCUAUUGCCCAGGGGAUGCCAUAUCUUCAGUUGCUGCUUCUGAGAAGAGCACAGGAAAAAUUUUCAUUUAUGAUGGUCGAGGAGAUAACCAGCCGCUUCAUAUUUUUGACAAGCUCCAUACAUCACCUCUUACUCAGAUACGGCUGAAUGCAGUUUAUAAAGCAAUAGUGUCUUCUGAUAAAUCUGGAAUGAUUGAAUACUGGACUGGGCCUCCUCAUGAAUAUAAGUUCCCCAAAAAUGUGAACUGGGAAUAUAAAACUGACACCGAUUUGUAUGAGUUUGCCAAGUGCAAGGCUUAUCCAACCAGCAUAUGUUUUUCACCUGAUGGGAAGAAAAUAGCUACUAUUGGUUCUGAUAGAAAAGUUAGAAUUUUCAGAUUUUUAACUGGAAAACUCAUGAGAGUCUUUGAUGAAUCACUAAGUAUGUUUACUGAACUGCAGCAGAUGAGGCAACAGCUACCCGACAUGGAAUUUGGCCGACGAAUGGCUGUUGAACGUGAGUUGGAGAAGGUGGAUGCAGUAAGAUUAAUUAACAUAGUCUUUGAUGAAACUGGACACUUCGUGCUAUAUGGAACAAUGCUAGGCAUUAAAGUUAUAAAUGUAGAAACAAACCGGUGUGUGCGCAUCUUAGGCAAGCAGGAAAAUAUUAGAGUGAUGCAAUUGGCUCUGUUCCAGGGAAUAGCCAAAAAACAUCGUGCUGCAACUACUAUAGAAAUGAAAGCUUCUGAAAAUCCUGUUCUUCAAAAUAUUCAAGCUGACCCAACAAUAGUUUGUACAUCUUUUAAGAAGAAUAGAUUUUACAUGUUUACCAAACGAGAACCAGAAGAUACAAAAAGUGCAGAUUCUGACAGAGAUGUUUUUAAUGAGAAACCUUCUAAAGAAGAAGUCAUGGCAGCUACUCAAGCUGAAGGACCUAAACGUGUUUCAGAUAGUGCCAUUAUCCACACAAGCAUGGGAGACAUUCAUAUCAAACUUUUUCCUGUUGAGUGCCCUAAGACAGUGGAAAACUUCUGUGUUCAUAGCAGAAACGGCUAUUAUAAUGGGCAUACAUUUCACCGUAUAAUUAAGGGCUUCAUGAUUCAAACAGGAGAUCCAACAGGUACUGGUAUGGGAGGAGAAAGCAUAUGGGGAGGAGAAUUUGAAGAUGAGUUUCAUUCAACAUUACGACAUGACAGACCAUAUACACUCAGCAUGGCCAAUGCUGGAUCAAAUACUAACGGAUCCCAGUUUUUUAUAACAGUAGUACCAACGCCUUGGCUUGAUAAUAAGCACACAGUGUUUGGACGAGUGACUAAAGGAAUGGAAGUUGUACAGAGGAUCUCCAAUGUCAAAGUCAAUCCCAAAACAGAUAAGCCCUAUGAGGAUGUCAGCAUCAUAAAUAUUACUGUCAAGUAAAAUAAGGUUUGUUUCAUUGUAUGUGUAAAUAGAAAUACACGUAUAUUAAACACAGGGUUAUUUUACACAGGAAGCUCUUAGAACUUGCUAAACAUCCAAAUCAUGUUUCAAGGAUGCAAUAUUAUGUUUUUAUAUUUUUCAUUAAAGGACCUUUUUUAAAA